UGUGACCUCAAUGGGAAGGGGGCGAGGCUCUAAUGUGAAUUCGUUGUGCUUUAAAUCAGAUUUUUUACACUUUUUUUUUUAUUAAUAGUGGGUCUAGUGUGUCUAGUCUAGUGAGCCUAGUCUAGUAUAUCAAGGCAAGUGAAUGGUUGAAGUGGAGGUACAAGAUGUCUCCCCCGGCUGUUCUCCUAGCAAUGGUGCCGGUGCUGCUCAUGCUUGCCCUUCCCGCCCUCGCAGAUACAUGUGCUCUGUAUGACCCACCUACCCCCGGGAUACAUUGUUUCCAAGGAAACGCACUCGACAGAGCUGUCACCUCGAGCAAGACACUCUGGAUGAUUGAGUUUUACUCGAGUUGGUGUGGCCACUGUCAACAUUUUGCCCCUGUCAUGAAGGAGAUAGGGGCGGAGUUGAAGGCGUGGUCUUCUACGUUCAAACUAGGGGUGGUUGAGUGCACUGGAUCAAAAGACAGCCAGAAGGCCUGUGAUAGGAAUAAAGUACAGGCUUAUCCCACUCUGAAGUUUUUUAGCGCGAAUGACCCCAGUCCACUGGAGCACUCCCGUACACUACAAGGUGCCAGAAGCAAGGAUUAUAUUCUCAAGACAAUCAUCAACGAGAUUGAUAAAGCCUCUGUAGUGCAACACUUCUCUCCUGUCACUGAUGGUGGACUAUUGUCUGUGUCUGAGGACUCUUGGAUACCCUUAGUGUUUGUGUUUGAGAAGAACAACUCUUACGUGGGAAGGAGGCUGAUACUGGACUUCCUCGACUCCCACAAUAUUGUCAUGGUGAGAAGAGUCCUCGACACCAAUGUGUUGAUGAUGAAGCACUACUCUGUACUGGAGUUGCCCUCCCUGGUGAUAGAAAUGAACAAAGGAGACCAUCACGUCGUGUCAGGCCAUAUUCUCAAAGACAAAGAUCCAUAUGUGGUUUUCAAGAAGGUGAUUCUCAAGUAUAUGGACUCGCUUAAAUCUGCCCCCAAGGUUCGCGGUCACAAGCCUACACCGAAGUCGUACCCACAUAACCCUAGCCCCUCCCCUCACUACACCCCCGUCAAAAUUAACAGAGUCCACCGCAGUGACCUCCUCAGUGCCGUGUCAUACGCCCUCAGGAGUGAGGUACCUAUCCAUUCCAUCAUCUCGGGCUCCGCCUACUCCUCCCUACUCCGGUUUAUCGGUCUACUGGAGAAGGCAUUUGAGACCCCCUUCCCUGUGGCCUCACAGUGCCUACAGGGAGUGAGAAAGGCUGUGGAGAAACAGAGCACAGGGAGCUUCGUCACCAGGACUGACUGGAACAGGGUCAUUGACACUAAGCUUGAUGACAGGGUGUUCCCCGUCACUCCUCAUUGGACGAAAUGCAACGGCAGCCUCUCUCAUUUGCGUGGUUACCCGUGUGGAUUGUGGAUGCUCAUGCACACCCUCACCGUCCUCACACUCCCACUCCCCCAGACCACACCCACUCUCACAGCAUCGGGCAUCUCGAGCAAGGAAGCAUUACGAACCCUUUCUUCAUUCGUAUAUAACUUCUUGUCCUGUGAACCGUGUAGAAAACACUUUGAGAAAAUGUCCUCCGACAUUACCUCUAAACUACAUCACGAUGGAGACGCUAUUCUUUGGCUAUGGGAGGCACACAAUGUUGUCAAUCAUCGUCUUAGAGGAGCCGUCAGUUCUGACCCUUACUAUCCGAAAUCUCUCUUCCCUGAGGCAAAGACUUGUCCUUAUUGCUACCACCCCAUGGGUCAUGUGACACUGGAUCAUGCACAGCCGAAUUUUAGCAACACUGGAUUCCUGGCUGGAGAAAGUUUGCUGGAGAAUAGCAGCGCUACGAAUGAUGUGGACUUUGUUUGGAAUAGAACUGCCGUUCUCUUGUAUUUAUGGAACUUUUAUCACCUCGAUCAGCACACCAAGACCAUGUUUGAUGAAAAGCUGUCCCCUCCACUUAUGGUGAAGCCUGCGGACAUUGUGAAAGCUGCCUGGCCGAGAAAGAUGACCAACACAGCACAGCUGCACCACAAGUACUACGGUAGGCAGCAACUUCUGAGUGAACGUAUAGGCUUCACUAGUAUAGACAGUGGAAUCUGUGUUAUGUCGUAUAUGAUGUGUUUUGCUUUCCUCGGCAUAGCGGCAUAUUGGCUGUAUAAUAGGAAACGCUAUAGAAAGAAGUUUUUCUAAUGAUAUAAUUUGUUGUGCAUCAAAUCAUUUUUUAAUAAUCAUCACUUUAAUAUAUAUAAAAGA